UGUUGUGCUGUCUCGCUUGACUGAACGAACAGCAGUGGUGCGUGAGUCUUUGGGGGCAUGGAGUUUUUGCAAAAGGUGGAGGAAGAAGCUCGAAGGGGCGGAGAUGAUGGAGCAUCCCCUGCUGCCGCAUCAGAUCCCACAGGCACGGGGGGCGGCAGCAGCAGCGUCACCGCCGCUGGCGGGAAGGGGGAGGCCAGCACAAAGAAGAAGCCCGUGGUAUGCAUUGUCAUGGGCAUGGCCGGGAGCGGGAAGACCACCCUGCUGCAGAGGCUGAACCUCUACACGGCGGAGAAGGGCAUCAAGAGCUACUUCAUCAACCUGGACCCGGCCGUCAAGCAGGUACCCUUCGGAGCCAGCAUCGACAUCCGAGACACUGUCAAUUACAAAGAGGUCAUGAGCCAGUACGGUCUCGGGCCAAACGGGGCGAUCACCACCUCCCUCAACCUCUUCGCGACGAGGUUCGACCAGGUCCUGGACCUCCUCGAGAAGCGAUCGGAUGACCUUGAGUACGUGUUCAUCGACACCCCGGGGCAGAUCGAGGUGUUCACUUGGAGCGCGUCUGGGCAAAUCAUCACGGAGACGCUGGCGUCCGCUUUCCCCACCACUCUGGUGUACGUCGUCGACACGCCUCGGACUGCAAACCCUACGACGUUUAUGUCCAACAUGCUGUACGCAUGCAGCGUGCUGUACAAGUCGCGGUUACCGCUUGUGCUGGCUCUCAACAAGUCCGACAUUCUGUCCCCGAAGUUCGCUUUGGAGUGGAUGUCGGACUUCGAGAAGCUGCAGGAGGCCCUGGACACCUCCGGCGACGAGAGCUACAUGAACAGCCUCAACCGCUCCCUCGCGCUCGUGCUCGACGAGUUCUACAACGCGCUCACGGCGGUCGGGGUGUCGGCGGCUAGCGGCGACGGCAUGCCGGCUCUUUUCAAGGCGCUAGACAACGCCGCGUUAGAGUUCGAGCGAGAUUACCUGCCGGAUCUGCAGCGAAGGAUCAAGGAGGCAAAGGCUAGACAAGAGGCGGCGAAGCAGGCAAGCCUCCCCCACCCUCCCAAGCGCUCGAUGGAGAAGCUCAUGACUGACAUCGCUAUCACCUCGGGAGAUAACGAUUCGGCAGCACCGGGGACGAAGGGGGCUGCUGGGGGCGCGGCUGUGGCGGGGACGGGGGGACGGACGGCAACGGGGGCGGGCGUCGGACGAAUUACAAGAGUUGGGGUUCCGAUCGGAUCGGAGGGCUCAUCAGGGACAUCGGGCGACGGGACGGAGGGAGGGGCUGGCGCAGGCCCCCCCGCGCGACCUGUUGGUGCGGACAUCGAAGCGCAUGAUGUCUGAAUCGGGGGAUGGCUUUGCCCGACAAGACAAGAUGGAGCCGUGUCCCAGGAAGAUGCCGCUCGGCCUGACCUUGGCUUGAGGCAUGGACUGGGAAUGAAGAAAAACCUUGCGUGUUGUCAGCCUUGCCGUGCUGUGUUAGGCCAGCAUGUGUUGUGAGGAUGUAUAUGGACGUGCCAAACGCCUAGUUUGGCCGUGUGUUGCUCUCUUCCUUGCGGCUUGGUUGAAGGGACGGCAGACGGAGCUUUGGACCCUCUCCGCUUGUGCUGCUUGUUCUCUUGCGGUGUGAAGCGUCAAGCUCAAGUAGUGAAUCGGUUGAGCUGCUUCGCGCUGUAAGCUACCUCUAUCGGUUG